AUGGAAUCCCACCUCUGGACUUCCAUUGAAGAACAAACAAAAAGCAUCGAUUUACCCCAAAACGACGCCGUAUUACCCGACCCCAUUCUCUUCCCUACUUCUCCGGCCAGACCCUCCUCCGCGUCCGUCCCAAUUCCGUGGGCAAUGUCGUCGCCGCCGCGGACAAAUCAGCAACCUUUUGUUUACCACUGCAUAGCCUCUCUCCACCGGCCGGAGGGCAACAUACUGUCAAUUGCGAUGACAAAGGAGUUUAUAUAUGUGGGGUCGGAGAGUGGGCGGAUUCAGUCGUGGAAGCUGCCGGAGUGCCCGGGAGUUGGGUUCAUAAAGGCCAGCUCCGGUCAAGUUGGAGCCAUGUUUGCGUGUGGGAGGAUGGUGUUUAGUUCCCAUGGGGAUUACAGAGUUCGGAUUUGGGAAGUGAAAAUGGGAAAUAAGAGAUUGAAACCCAAAAAGAUUUCGACUUUGCCCCCAAAACGCUCGCUUUUUGUGGUCAGAAACGGCCGCCGGCAGCUGCAGCAGCAUUCCGAUCACAUUUCUUGCUUGGCUUACAACGAUUCUGAUAAGCUUCUCUAUACAGGUUCAUGGGAUAGCACAGUGAAAGCUUGGAAUAUCUCAGAAAAUCGAUGUGUAGAUUCAUUUGUAGCUCAUGAAGGCCAUGUAAAUGCAAUUGUCAUAAACCAAGAAGAUGGUUGCGUUUUCACUUGUUCUUCUGAUACCUCUGUCAAGAUCUGGAGAAGGGUUUAUGGAGAAAGCUCCCAUAUUUUAACCAUGAUUCUCAAGUUCCAACUCUCCCCCGUCAACGCGCUCGCCCUAAGCCUCCCGUCGUCGUCGAAACCAUGCAACUUUCUCUACUCGGGUUAUUCGGAUGGCCACAUCAACUUUUGGGAGAAGGAGAGCUCCUCGAGUAGGUACAAUCAUGGAGGGUUGUUACAAGGCCAUCACUUCGCAGUUCUGUGCUUAGUAACGGUAAAAGAUUUGAUUCUGAGUGGGUCAGAAGACACGGCGAUAAGGAUAUGGAAGAGAGAGGAGAGAGGAAAUGGGUAUGUUCAUUGGUGCAUUUCAGUGAUCGAGGGGCACCAUGGGCCAGUCAGGUGCUUGGCGGCGGGCAUGGAGAUGGAUAACAUGGGGAAUAUGUUGGUUUGCAGUGCCAGUUUGGAUCAGAGCUUUAAGGUCUGGAGAGUGAAGCUUUUUCCUCCCCCGGCGAUGAACAGGUCGGAGAUGAAUGUGGAACAGUUGAGGAAGGAGAUUGGUGGAUGUGAAAUGAAUAAUCCUGUUCUUUCACCUUCUUGGGUAGAGAAGAGGAAGCUUCAAUUUGAUGACUAUUAUGUAUCUAAGAAUAAUAAUAAUAAUCCCUUUUAA